AGUGCUUAAGGCAGUCUUCACUUGUAAACAUUAGUUUUCAAACUUACAAAUUAACUAAAAUAUAGAAAAUAUUCAGUGUCAUAAAAUUAAAUGAAUUAUUUGACGCAUAGAAAAUAAAACUUAUAUAAUGUCAACAGAAGCAUCUUCAAAUUACAUCUUCAAAGUUGUUCUAUUAGGCGAGGGAAAAGUAGGAAAAUCGUCAAUCCUACUUCGAUUUGUUCACGAUCAAUUCAACAAAAAUCAUUUAUCUACUGUACAAGCCUCAUUUAUGAACAAAAAAAUAAACUUCGACAACAAAAGAGUUAAUUUGAAUAUUUGGGAUACAGCGGGACAAGAAAUAUUUCAUGCACUCGGGCCGAUAUACUACCGCAACUCUCAUGGUGCAAUCUUAGUUUACGACAUUUCCAGUGAAGAUUCUUUUGAUAAGAUCAAAGUAUGGAUUAAGGAACUUAAGAAAAUUGUUGGAAAUGAUAUUGUAUGUGUGAUAGUCGGGAAUAAAACCGAUUUGAUUAAAGACCAAAAGUUAUCGUAUGACCCAGAACCGCAUUUGAGUUAUGCGAAGAGUGUUGGUGCAAUGCACUUCUUAACAUCAGCAAAACUUAACGAAAAUAUCGACGAAGCUUUUUUGGAAAUAUCCAAAAGUAUGAUGAAAAUUCACGACGAAAAGCAAUUAGCAAACGCGAGUCUUAAUAGAACAGGAUCUAUGCGAAGACAACUGAGAGUCGAAGAGUCGACAGAGGCAGAAGAAAUGACGGAAGCUCCGACAACCUCACGAUGCUGUGGUAGAUAAACACAGCUCAUUUAUUUAAUGAAAUUAUUUUUUAUUUGAUCAGAUUUUACGAUGAACGAUUAUGAUAAUGAAUGAAUGAAUGAAUGAUAAAAUAAAAUUAUUUUUAUCUUAAUUAA